AUGGCCGCCCAAGGAGAACCCCAAGUUCAGUUUAAACUUGUAUUGGUUGGCGAUGGGGGUACUGGAAAAACGACAUUUGUGAAACGUCAUUUGACUGGUGAAUUUGAGAAGAAGUAUGUAGCCACCUUGGGCGUGGAGGUCCAUCCCCUUGUGUUCCAUACCAAUAGAGGGCCUAUUAAAUUCAACGUGUGGGACACGGCUGGUCAGGAGAAAUUCGGUGGCCUGAGAGAUGGCUAUUACAUCCAAGCCCAGUGUGCCAUUAUAAUGUUUGAUGUAACAUCAAGAGUUACUUACAAGAAUGUGCCUAACUGGCAUAGAGAUCUGGUACGAGUGUGUGAAAACAUCCCCAUCAUGUUGUGUGGCAACAAAGUGGAUAUUAAGGACAGGAAAGUUAAGGCAAAAUCCAUCGUCUUCCACCGAAAGAAGAAUCUUCAGUACUAUGACAUUUCUGCCAAAAGUAACUACAACUUUGAAAAGCCCUUCCUCUGGCUCACUAGAAAACUGAUUGGAGACCCUAACCUGGAGUUCGUGGCCAUGCCUGCUCUCGCCCCCCCAGAGGUUGUCAUGGACCCGGCUUUGGCGGCACAGUAUGAACACGACUUAGAGGUUGCUCAGACGACCGCUUUGCCGGAUGAGGAUGACGACCUGUGAGAACGUGAAGCUGGAGCCCAGCGUCAGAAGUCUAGUUUUAUAGGCAACUGUCCUGUGAUGUCAGUGGUGCAGCGUGUUUGCCACUUUAUUAUAUAGCUAAGCAGAACAUGUGCUUAAUCUUUGGGAUCCUGAAGGAGAUG